GUUUUCGUUAAAAAAAAAAGUGAACGAGUUAUAACCGAGUUCGACUUCCCGAGUUGCCGAGCUUCUCCGUGCUCAUUCCUCGAUCCCACCCCCCACAAUAGCGGUUUUUCCGGCAUCGAGUUCCCUGAAUCGACUUCUCGCUAGAAGUCAAAACCCACUGCUCUUUUCUGCCAACGAAUCAAUGAAAUGCAGAAAGCUUCUAUCAAUCCCUAUUAUAUCGGUGCUUCUCAUGGUGGGUUUCGUUUAUUGCGUCACAAUUUUCGUCUUCGUCGAUGAUUGGCUAGGGUUGCAGAGCUCCGCCGGGAUUUUGAACGCUUUGAUCUUCACUUUCCUGGCCUUCCUCUGUGGUUUCUCUUUCUUCGUUUGCGUUCUUGCUGACCCAGGACAUGUUCCCUCUUCCUAUGUUCCUGACAUUGAAGACAGUGAUGUCUCAGAUCAAGAACCUAAGAAAAUUGGCAGACAUGUGCGUUACUGUGACAAGUGUCAUACAUACAAGCCUCUGAGGGCACAUCAUUGCCGGGUCUGCAGGAAGUGUAUUUUAAGGAUGGAUCAUCACUGUCUAUGGAUAAAUAAUUGUGUUGGUUAUUGGAACUACAAGGCCUUUGUUAUCCUUGUCCUGUAUGCAGCUAUUGGAAGCAUGUAUUCAACUGUCAUGAUUGUAAACUGUGCACUACAGAAAGACUGGGAUUUUAGCGGAAGCAGCUCUGUCAAGAUCUUCUUUGUUACUUGUGGGGCAAUGGUGUUUGGCUUAAGUUUGACAUUGGGAACUCUCUUAGGUUGGCAUAUCUAUCUUGUCACUCAUAAUAUGACAACCAUAGAGCAUCGUGAAGGAACUCGGGCAGCAUGGCUGGCAAAGAAAUCUGGGCAGAGUUAUCGUCAUCCAUAUGAUGUUGGCAUCUACAAAAAUAUUACUUUGAUCUUAGGUCCGAACAUGCUGAAAUGGUUAUGGCCAACUGCAGUAAACCAUUUGAAAGACGGAAUCAGUUUCCCUACUUUACGUGAUGCUUCAUAAAUAUUUUCUGCCUCUUCUUUGGUUUUAGAAUUGGUUGCAUCUCAUGCUUGAAGAUCAGCAUUAAAGAAUUUUGCAAUUUGUUAUUCCGAAGGUGGAAAUGAGUUUUCAAAAGAGGGAAGUUUGCUGGUGGCAACUAUUUCCCCCCUGGAUGAGGUUUGGUUAAUUCUCAACUUUAAAUAGGUGAGUCAGAUAGUCAGUGUCAUGUAAAGAAAGUUAUAUAGGUCAUUGCCUUUUUGUACAAGUUACAGCUGCAAAUUGAAUUCUUUUUUCUUUUUUUCUUUUUUUUUUUGUUUUUUUUUUUUCUGCAAAUUGAAUUCUGUUAUGUUGCAUAUACUGGAUUAUUGGAAGAUGGUGGGGUCUUUGUAACAUGUUUGUAUUACCAUAGUAAAUGGUGGGAAUGUGAGAAAAUUUGGUGAUUCAUUUUA